GAAGGUGAGAAACAGAAACCAGAGAAGAAAAAGCGGCUUCGAGUUCUGAUUUGGCGAGAGAAGGUUUUGUUAUUUGUGUCUGUGAGAAGAGAUGAGGUCAGCUUCGCUUGAUGAGUACCAGAAGCUUGUAAUCCGGAUGAACACACCAAGGGUUGUGAUCGACAAUGCAGUCUGCGCUACCGCAACUUUGGUCAAGGUCGAUAGCGCCAGGAAGGAUGGGAUUCUUCUCGAGGCGGUUCAGGUGCUAACCGAUCUUGACCUCUUGAUCAAAAAGGCUUACAUCUCCUCCGAUGGCCGGUGGUUCAUGGAUGUCUUUCACGUCACGGAUCGGUAUGGCCAGAAACUCACCGAUGAGAGUGUGAUUUCGUUCAUAGAGCGGUCUCUCGGCACUGGGGAUGAGUCGGUCGUGGUCUCCGGAGGCCUUGAUACUCUCACAACCCUAGAACUCACCGGAGCCGACCGCCCUGGUCUGCUUUCUGAAGUCUUUGCCGUGCUUUCCGAUCUCCAUUGUAGCGUCGCUGAGGCCAAGCUUUGGACGCAUAAUGGCCGGAUCGCCGCUCUCAUAUUCGUGAAGGAGGAGGACACCGGGCUGCGAAUCGAAGAUUCGGAGAAGAUCCGUCGUAUUGAAGCCCUUUUACGCAACGUCGUACGCGGGGCCACCACCGCCGUCUCGUCCUCAGCCAUCACUGCUUCUGCCGGCGGAACUUAUGCCGACCGCCGUCUCCACCAAAUGAUGUUCGCCGACCGCGACUACGAACGCGGCAACUCCGGUGCCACCAAGCCCUCCGUUUCCGUCCAGAACUGGACUGAGCGGGGCUACUCCAUCGUUAACGUUCAGUGCCGCGACCGCCCAAAGCUUCUCUUUGACGUCAUCUGCACCCUUACCGACAUGGAGUAUGUAGUCUUCCACGGCACCAUCGACACCACCAACGAUCGCGCUUACCAAGAAUUCUGCAUUCGUCACUCCGACGGGACCCCAAUCAGUUCGGAAGCAGAAAGGCAAAGAGUCAUACAAUGCCUUCAAGCUGCCAUCGAUCGCAGAGCAUCCGAGGGUUUGGGAUUGGAGUUAUGUGCAGCAGAUCAUCAAUCCGGGCUGCUCGCAGAGGCAACAAGAGCAUUCAGGGAGAACGGGCUUUCAGUCACAAGAGCUGAGGUGUCUACAAAAGGGGAUAUGGCAUUAAACAUAUUCUAUGUAACCGACGCUGCCGGCCACCCAACAGACCAAAAAACAAUCGACGCCAUCAUCGAGCGGGUCGGCGCGGGAAGGUUGAAGGUCUAUGAUGGCUACCAAUCAGAUCAGACUAAGCCGAUUCAACCCAAUUCAGCACAAGAAGACUCAUCAAUCGCUGUUGCCGGGCUUCUAUACCUUGGCAGCUUGGUAAGGAAGAAUCUUUACAAUUUGGGUCUCAUCAGAUCAUGUUCUUAGGCAACACUCAGCAUUAGUCUAUCAAUACAAGAAGAAAGUGAAGCAAAGAAAAGUUAUUCGUUGUUUAGAUGAAGAGAUUCAUAGUUGCAUAGAUCAAAGAAAAACAAAGGAAAGGGAUAAUGUGGUCAUUAGAGCUGAUAUCUAUUUAAUCAGAAGGAUUUGAUGAGUUUUUAUGUCAAUUAAAGUUAGAUGAUAGGAUUGUAUGUACAUAAUGAAUUGAAUGUUUGAAUUUCCGUUUCAAAUAUCGGCAAUGUGAAUAUAGGGUUUGUACUAAAUACUGCUGUGAAUUGAAUAGAAUGUAUGUUAUUGGUGCGGAAGAUUGAUUGGACGGAGAGCAACUGGUUUUGAACUUCUACCAGCUCUGACCUACCCGCCCAAUUGAUUUGAAUUGGAGCAGAGGGUGGAUGGGAGGUGAGGGGACCG